UAUCCGGAAAUGGAGCGACUUAAUUUGUGGAGCAGGGCUCGCCUCUUCUUCCACCUGACCGCCACCGUCCACCUGGGCUACGCCAUCUACUUCGACUGGCGGUACGCCCAGUUGCCACAAGUGGCGGUGACUCUGCGGCUGGAGCCACCGAUUGGGGGCAAGUUCAAGUACAUGACGUUUCUGGGCGGCCUGUUGCAGCUGGGCUACUAUGCACUGGCGCUGACCUUUGACCUCGUGCGGCUGAGAUCGCUGAGGAAACUGCGGGACUACAUCUUCGCCACCUUUGCCGUUCCUCUGGCCCUCACUGUGGGCGUCACCUUCUGGACACUGUUUGCCAUCGAUCGGGAAUCGAUAUAUCCUGUGCUGCUGGACUUGGUCUAUCCCAACUGGCUGAACCACACCAUGCACACCUUCGUCGUGAUCUACGCCCUUGUGGAGCUGGGUGUCACACGACAUCGAUAUCCGGCACGCAGUCGAGGAUUCACUGGCCUGGGUGCCUUCAUGGUGGGUUACCUGGUGUGGAUACACAUCGUCUGGCUCAGGACCGGCAUCUGGGUGUAUCCCUUUCUGGGGGGCAUCGCCUGGCUGCUGAGAGUCCUCUUCUUCGUCCUCAUCAUGGUCCUCGGAUUCGUUUACUAUCUCUUUGGCGAGCGGGUUAGUCUCGUCCUGUGGCAGCAAACUGCCGGCGCUCACCGGCGGAAUGGUAACGAUGCCCAUUGAUGAACACAUCUGGUAGUUUAAGGAUAGCAAAGUAGUUGAUAAAGUAAACAGCGUACAUAGGAUAAUCCCUCUCUCAUGCUUAUGUGAAUUAAUUUAAUUUUAUUAAAUUAAACUUGAUUGCCGAGCGAUGUAACUAUUCAAAUCGUACGAAGAUAAAGUAAUAAAAUACAUACAUUUUUGU